AUGAUCAGAGCCACCUCCCGCGUCAGUCCCAGCGCCCACGCCCCCAACAACGGGCAUUCGUCUGCCCGGUCCCGGGUAUUUGUGUCUCCCCACCAACCCCCAAGGUCUAGAGUGGACAAAUACGGGGUGGAUAAAGGGCAGGAGGCUGCGGCAGGGUGGCGCGAGGCCUGUGCGGGCAGCUCCGCAGGCUCGGAGGCGAGGCCUCGCCUGGUGAGCUCCGGAACUACGAGGGGUGGGAGGAACGAUGCCACAGAACUGAAGGCCACGACGUUCGCGUUCACCGAGCUGGCCGCAGACGGGAGCCGUUUCCGCCCCGACCACGGUCGCCUCUGGCCCGUGCAGAGCUACUUCCGGGCCGCUCUGGAGGGCGCGGAGGCCUAUCUCUGUGAUCCCAGAGGGCACUGCUCAGGGCCGAGCCCCGCCCUGCCCCGCGCGGCGGGAGUGGCUGGAGCUGGAGGACGGAUCUGUGCUUGGCCGGAGGGUGUCCGUCGGCGUCACUCACCGUCCUCAGCCCGCCCCUGCGUCCACUACGCGCUGCCUGAGAGGGGCCCGCACGGAGGCACGGGGAAUGCACCUAGAGCUGCAUUCCAUGUAUUCCUUGGCUUUUGGUCCUUUCCUCCAUCAUUGAAUAACAGGAUCUGUAAGCAUGAUGGACUUUGUUUUCCUGAGCUUGUCCUGUGUCUCUUCUUCUGGCCACACCUGACUGAGCAGCACAUAAAAGCCGCAGAACACCAGGAGAGCUGCUGCUUGGGGAAAUUCUGCGGCAAGUGUCCUGGGGGACUAGGGGCAGGGCAAGCACUGCUCUCCCUCUCCUGGAGGCUGGGGAGAGCAUCAAGGAGAUUACCAGGUAGGAGGACCAUGGGCAGGGCCUGCCUCAUCAGGAUGCUUUUCCCAGAACAGAGGGUAAAAAUGUAAGCCCCUGGUGGGUGAGUCCUGGAUUAACCAAGACCUGGGCCUUUUGGAGGCUGCGGAAGACAGAGAACACUGUGAGGUGAGUUUCUCCUGGGUGGAUUCCCCAGGGGCCUCUGAGGCUGGUUUCAGGCCCUGCCCUUUGGCUGCCCCACUGGAAGCUCUGAGCAUCCACCCUUCAGAGGCGCUUUCCCUGGUCUGACCUUGGCAAGGGCAAAUAAGAAGGUACUCCAUGGGGGGUCACCAAUGUCUGGGGCGUAAACAGUGCCCAUCUGCACAGUAGCAUGAGGGCCACAGAGUGUGGUAAAUGUCAAGUGACCAGCCCAGGCGGUCCCCAGUGUGGCUGCAGGGGCCACCUAGGAUUCUUCUGUUUGGGGGUCCCAGGCCACACUUGGGGAACCCUAUUGGAAGCAACAAGGCCUAGGCCCUGAGGGCCCAGGGCUCUAGCUGAGCCACGUUCAAGCAUCCUCCCAGCCCUCCCAGCUGGUGUGAGGAGGAAACCGCAUGCCAAAGGGCAAGGUGCUCUGCACAGAUCUGUCCCUAGUCGGCCUGCUCCAGUCCGCCUGUGGAGUGGGAGCCUUGGGUCUGUCUGGAACCAGCGUGGAUGAAAUGCAGGGAGAAAUUGGAAUCAUAGCCAUGGACAGCCACUUACAUAGCUGGGAAAAAGCAUGCUGUGCUAGAUCCCGGUGGACUCACCUCUGCGGUGCUGGGGACUUUGUACUGACACCUCAGGCACCCACUUCCACUCACAUCGCGGAGGCUUGGGGAGAUUCAGUUCGGUCUGGAGUCCGGCAGGGGACGACAAUACGGCGACCCCGACCGUCAGUCAGACCAGGGCAAGCUUGCCAGGGCAUCGCACUUCACCAAAGGGAACCCUUUCUGCCGCGACUACGGAGCCGCCAGGGCCGGGAUGGGCACAAGCCUGCUCUGAGGUCUCACCUCUGGAGGGUUACGAGCUGUGCCAGGCCGGCUACGGUAGAGCAUGUGCAAACACCCCGAGGUCGGUAGAGCGAGUGCAAACACCCCGAGGUCCCAAGGCUCCUGAAGCCGCCUAAGGGGCAUGAGAGGCCCUAGGUUCGAAUCCUGCCUUCACCGUCUUAUGGUUGUGCCUCUGGAGAGUCACUUUUCCCCGUUUCCUCGCAUACCAGAGAGCCAAGUAACAGGCACCGCAGCUCUGUGUGGACAGAGAUCGUGGACACAGUGUCUGGGUCAGAUCUGCGGCCACUCGAGAUUAUUACUGCUUAUGCUGCAACCGGAUGCUGUGUGCCCUGUUAGAAAAGGUCAAAUAAAACUCGAGUUAGUGGAAGCCUGUGGA